UAAGACACUUGUCCGAUCUGUGCGUUAAAUUCUGACUCGUCAUUUUACGCUUGAGCCGGUCGUUUGCAAGUAGCUCGUCGAGGAUCUUCACGUGACAUUCGAUUCCUGCUGUUCGUGUAAACUUUGGGAUAUAUUGUUCAUCAUGGUCUAUCAAGUUAAGGACAAGCAAGACUUCAAUAACCAGUUGAAGGAAGCAGGAGGAAAAUUAGUUGUUGUGGACUUUUAUGCCACUUGGUGUGGCCCCUGCAAGAUGAUUGCUCCAAAAAUUGAGGCAAUGUCGAAAGAGAUGCCCAAUGUUGUUUUCGUUAAAGUUGAUGUGGAUGAAUGUGAAGAUGUUGCAUCUGAGUACAACAUUUCGUGCAUGCCUACAUUCCUCUACUUGAAGAAUGGUGUAAAGGUUGCUGAGUUUUCUGGAGCCAAUGAAGACCAGCUUAGAAAACUGAUUGAUCAACAUAAAUAGAUUUCCCAGUUAUGUGGCCUGUAUAUUGGCUAGAUGAAUACUAUGCUCUUUUAUAUUAAAUAAUUGUGUAAUGGGAUUUUCUGCAUUAUACCACAGGAAAUACAGGCUGACAAAAAAAUUGUUCUUUCAUUGUUAGAUACAAAUUACACUAUAAACUAAAAGCAUUUUCACAUUUUCCCAAUUGAUGUGAACUGCAGCGUUUUUCAUACCAUUAAGAAGCCAUAGCAACGGGAACCCCGACUUCAACAACAGCAAUAAUUUAAUGACAUUGCCUAAACCUAAAUCGAUGAAUGCGUUCGAUAAAGCUUUAACUAACUAUAUUAAUAUUGAUCAGUGUGUCGUCCCUCUCGCUUGUAAUGAAAUCCAGUUUUUACGGUUGGGUUCUUGAUAACUAUAAGGAUUUCACGGUCAGAUUUAAAUCGCUCAGUAACACACACACAAAGAGCCGAAACAGCCGCUAUAUCCAAUCGAUAACAUAAUAAUUGGAUUUCGAGUAAAACGUGACUCUCUAGCAAUCUUUAUUACAUCAGAUCUGAUUACGACGGCAGUUAAUACAUUGUAAUGGAAAAAUUAAGGCACCGAGAGGGUCUACAGAAUUUCCUAUAGAAAAAUGAGCCUACGAUCAGAAAGGGAACCCUAAAAAUUAUAACAAGAUACAACUGCAUUUUCUUCCUGUUAGCUACAGCGAUCACAACGGAAUGUAAAUUUAGAGUGCUCUUUUCCGUUUUGGAGGACACUUUGUCUAGUAAUAGCGGGAAAUUACCAAAUAGGAUGGGAAUUUUUAUUGCGCCAUCCAUUUCGUUUAACUGCAACUAGAAUCAUAAUCGAAAAUUAUUCAACCGAAUAUUAAUGAUAUGCCAAUUCGGAAUCAACGACAAAAUUUACAAUAAAUUACGAUUUUAUUGCUACAAUAAAUUGCGUAACUUUUCCCAAUAUUAUCGGCACAAAAAAUAUUCCCAAUUCGAUCAUCUCAAUCGAUACUUAAUCCAAAAACAUUUAGUUGGCAGAACAUUUCUGCCACUAAGACUUCAUUCGACAUCGACGAGCUAUUGAUCAAGACGUACAUCAAGUGCAUAUCAAGAUGGGAAAACAGACACGUGAACGUCAACUGAAACUCGAAGCCAGAAUUGUGAAGCUGAAAAGUCGAG